UGAAAUUCUAAUAGUGUCACAUAGCUAGCAAAUGUCAUCUGGUUGGGGUCUGCCAAGGCUCCUAAUAACAAUGUUGCUUCUAAUGCUGCCUGAUAGUUGGAAAAUUUCUUUUGGUUGAGGCCUACCUAUAUAGUCAUCUAAUUUUCAUUCUAAUAAUGUGUUCAUUCCAAUACUGCUACAUAGUUGAUAUAAAUGUAUUCUGGUUGAGGCCUACCUCCUAACUUUCUAAUAAUGUUACUUCUAAUAGUGAUGCAUGGUUCUCAAAUAUAGUGACAAUGAUAUUAAAAUUAACAGAAAAUCAUAAUGUAUUAGAGUUACAGUACUAGCCAUUAGCCAAUUUGGCGCUUGCGCGUCAAGUACGGCGCUUGAGCGUCAAGUACGGCGCUUGCGCGUCAAGUACGGCGCUUGCGCGUCAAGUACGGCGCUUACGCGUCAAGUUCCUGUGCGUGCGUGCGUCACGUGGUGCGCGCGUCACAUGGUGCGCGCGUCAACAUGGGCGUUGUCAAUAUAUAAAUACCCUAUUCCCUGCCCACUUGUAGAGAGAGAUUGCCUGCCUGAGAUGUCUGGACCAGGAGGUAUGCGUGAGGAGGAAGUGAGGGACCUCAUAAGGUUCCUCCACCUGCAGGGAUAUGACACCAUCCCUCCCGGCACUCCUGGUAUCCAGGCACUCAGGCGGCGUAUAAUGAUGAGCCUCAGGCGCAGGCUGAGGCAUAGAUAUGCGCUGAGGCACGGGGUGCGCGUGCUCCAAAGGAUUUGGAGCGAUUUGAAGAGGCGCCACCCUGUGCUUGUGGACGAGGUGCAGCAGGAAGUGGAAGCGGAGUGGAUGCCUGCUGGAGAGCCCGCUGAAGAGGCAGGAGGGGCUGCGGAAGAGGCAGGAGGGGCUGCGGAAGAGGCAGGAGGGGCUGCGGAAGACGCAGGAGGGGCUGCGGAAGAGGCAGGAGGGGCUGCAUCUCCUCCCCCCACUACACCACCAUCUCCUCCAGCAGGCCUUAUAGAGGGGCCAGAGGCAGCAGCACCAGCAGCAGUACCACCAGCACCACCAGCAGCAGCAGCAGAUGGUGGGGAACUCACCGAACUUAUUAGAGGCCUAGUCCAGCAGGUGUCUCAACUUCAACAGGAAGUGAGAGAGAUCAGGCACCUGCUGGACAAUAUGAGUCCGCCUCCUCCUCCUCCUCCAGUUUAAUGUUUUUAUUUAUUUUAAUAGCACUGUUGUGCUGGUUUUUCUUUUUUUUUUUUUAAAUUUAUAUAAAGUUUUUUCAAACUUAUAUAUUUGGAGUUUAUUUUUCAUUUAACUAGGACUCGCAUGGUACUUGAAGUUGUUUGGAUAAUAUAACACAAGUAUCAUUACUUACAU